AUGGCCGUGCAAACUCGCUUUAAGUGGCGGCACAAGGAGACGGACCGCUGGCGGCGACUAAUGGACGCGACUUGUGUUCCCCUAGACUGGAUCGGACAGACUCGGGGCCCAUCCUUCACACAAUACAGCGGGCACUGGACACAUCUACUCACCUGCGCGCAUGUCAUCACGCCAUGGGACUAUCCAAAUUUUUAUCCCCCGAAAGGCCCGACGCGGUUUGUGUCCCGCAUAACCCUCGCUGACACCAUGACACAGGUUCGCCUUGUUUCACUGCAAGGUAACGCGGUUUACAAGCACUUCACUUCAAAUCAACACGUGUUUGUGCACUCCAACCCACGACUUGAUCUCUGCGUCUUACACCCCGAGCAGAAUCUGCGGCGCAGUGGAGAGAUGAAGAUGUUGUGGAUGCAAAAUGAAGGGCAUGUUACGCGACCCCGCCUGGAGCUUGUAAAACCGCUGGAGGUGGGGGAUCAUGUUUGGGUAUAUGGCAUGACGGCCCAUGAAUCCCUUUUUGAUGAGGAAGGAGGACCGGAACCCCUCAUGAUCCCAACGGGAAUCCGAGCUCGCGUGCAUGCCUUGACACGGGAACAUUUCUUUAUCGACACAAAGUCUAUUGAAGGUGCUGAACGAGGGUGUGUGGGUAUGGGAAUGUGCGGCUCUGCUGUGAUGCGUAAUGGACGUUGUGUUGGGAUGUUAACGGCAACUGUACAUGAGGAAAGUGACUGUAAGGAGCUUGCUGGCACUGCCAUGUGUACCUACGCCUCAGACAUCUUUGAGUUUCUACUGGAGGUAGAGCGACAGAUGAAGGCAUUACCCCCAAGUCUAAACCGCCAGGAGACCAUGUUUCAGCAGCGUCGCCGCGGCGAGGGAUCGGAGGAAUAUGAGAAACAGCGUGAGACAGAAGGCAAGGAAUGGGAUUUGGACCAUACGAGGCUGGCACGCCACAUACCCGUACCCGUAUCGCUGUGGCAUAUGGAAGAGAAAUGGAUAACAGAGGAAGAUUACAUGACAAACAAAGUGUUCGGUCGUGGAGGGCCAUUUAACCAGGAAACUCAGGAAAAUAUUCUUGGAUACGACAUGAACUCGUCUAAAUCAUACGGGGAGCGGCCCGGGGAUAUCGCCUCCGUGUCUACUGCAACGCAAGACGGUAAACCAACAAUGCAAGGCGAGCGGAAGGAUUACAGCCCAACUGGAAUCUACGCCGAUCACGAAGACUUCAAGACAAGUGAUGUGUGGGACUACAACGUCAGCUCGGAAUUGCGGUCGCUCUUUGACAAGGGCGUUGACGCCAAAGAUGCCCACAGUCUCAAUAUGAUGCGCAAGUCACUCGAGAAUAUCCGUGCACAGCGUGCAAUGGAAAAAAUGAAAGAAACAGUAAUGAAAGCCCCAGGUCACAGUGAAGACCCCCUCAAUGUGGGAAGCAUGGGUCGGUACGACGUCAAUAUGGAAGAAAGCAGUGCCCAGGCGUUCACUCCAGACAUGGAUGAUGAGGUACGGGCCGCAGCGCGAAAGGAAGAAAAGUACCAUGAGGAGCUGCGGCGGCGGCAUGGCAACAAAGCGCGGCCAUUUGGUGACGAAGAUCUGAGAGGAUUGUGGGAACCUCAUUAA